AUGAUUCAACCAACCAAACAGAAAAUGUCAAUAUUGGUUGAUUCUUCGUGGCACUUUCUGAUUGCGAUUGUCUGUGAUAUAACAAGUAAUGAUCACAAGACAGUUCGAGUCUGGAAAGGAUCUGAAUCAGGAAAUUAUGAUUGCAGACAUAUUUUGAAGGAUCAUACUGUUCAGCUCAGUCUUCUAAAUUCCACCUCUGAUCAUCAUUUCACUUUCCCCCUGAUCAUGCUAGGAAGCUCAGUGUGCGCAAUAGCAAUAUUAGUGUGCUUAUCAAUCACUUGCUUCCGCUCAGUCAAUUCAGGUCAAGAAUUUACUGCACUCAUCAGAUACUUUGUGUUGCCAAUGAAAUCUGCUCGAUUAAGCUCUGCCCUGGCAUUUCCUCCAGUUCACCUGUUUACCUCCUCAACAUUUUUCUUAUACUUGUUUUACUGCAUGUCAAUUUCAACAGCCACCUCUGCAUGUUCUAAUGACCCAUUUCCCAUCGAAAAUGGGUCCGAAUGA